CUGCUGCAGUACAAAGCCCAGCAGCAUAGCUGAAACCCACCUUUGAUGGCACUCCACAGUAAGACCUUGGUUGUUGAAUCAAAGCACGCUUCCCUUCUGCCACCUCGGCUUCCUGUAAGGACAGCUGGAAACAGUAAUGUCUUAAACAGCUGCAGCAAGAUUCUCCAAAGCUCAUGUGUUAAAGCCCUGAGAGAAGAAACAUUGCAAGAUGCAAAUGGGAACAUGGGCACACAACUGUCAUUGAUGUCUGUGGGAUUUAGAUGCCUAAUUCAUUUUUAUAUCUUCUUAGUAGCAUCAUUUUAGGUGAGAAUUCUGUAGUCAUGGGGAUUUUUUUUUAAGAGAUUGGAGCUUUCCUGGGCAGAACACAUCCUAUGGCUUGGACCAUAAAAGGAACUGAUAUUCCCCAAGGGAAGCAGGACUCUUGAACUGAAGAAGUUGGCAGGUUAGGAUUUGGCUAUGGGAGCGCAGUUCCUGCGGAAAGCAUCUGCGUGGCUUAAGAAGCGCAAGACCACUUUGUUGGCUGUUUCUUGCAUGGGACUGUUCGGUGCUAACCUUUCCUAUCAUGUGUUUCCUGAGCAGACUUUCAAACUGUUACAUGAGUGCUGGUCAGAUGGGCAGCCAGCUGAGCUUUCCCAGAGUCUCCGUGGUGUCUUUCACAAUGUCCUUCAAGAUACUGAUGUGAAAUCCGCUAACUCCUAUCGGGCCUUUGCAGCUUCUGGCUUCCACCCAGUGAGUGCUGGAAUCCCAUGGCUUCCUGCAGGCUCUUUGGUGGGCAUCCCUCCUAAUUUUGAUAGCACAGUUGAGGAUAAAAAAGGAAUAGUCAGCCACAUUGUUGUGAUCAAUGGAAAGGAAGUAGACUGGGAGAGCAGUGAAGGUGUUGCUUUGGGGGAAGCUCUGACAUUUUCACCUGAAGCUCAGAAAUUUGCUAUUGCCAGAGAAAUUGUGUAUUUGCAAAAUGGCAGCCCUUUAGUAAAUGCUGCUGUGGCUCCAGCUUGCUUAGCUGGUACAUAUUUCGGUGGGAUAGGUAUAAAGGUACUUCUGGGUUUAUAUCCUGGUCCCAUGGUACUUCGCAGCAUCUGUAACCUCAUAAUUGCCGCCGCUGGACUAAUCUGCUAUUAUAUUUCUUAUGAUGCUGUGACCUAUCACUUAGACUGCAAGGCUGACAGAAAUGCAGCUACCAUUUCCAAAGACUACGCUAGAGGUGGGGUGGAAUUUUAUGACAAAAUCUUGUCCCGCAACAGGAUUCUUCGUACUCUGAUGGGCAAACAAGGGGUGAAAGUGUAUGCCCCUAGUGGUAACCUUUUCCCAAGGCACUGGUUCAGAAUAAAGCAUACCCCGUACACUUACCGAAGAGAUUUGAUUGUUAAUAUUUUAAGAGAGCUCCAGGCAUAGGAAAGGAGCAAUUGAAUUUUAAACUUGUGAAUUAUGUAUUCUCUUGGAACACUGCUGCACUGCUUUUUUUCCCCCCUGUAUCUUCAUUAGAAUUUUGGGUUUUAUUUUUUGCAUAUAGUUUAGAAAGAGUUAUUGCACAUUCUGUGAAUAAAGAAUUUUCUCUUAAAAUAUUAAAGACUUACUUCAGAA